AUGGUUGAUUCUUUACCAUUAUUUGAUCUUAUACUUACAAAAUCUCAAUUUCAAUCGAUAUCUAUUCAACAGAAUGAUAAUUUUACUGAACAUCUUGUUAAUGAACGAACAUUUCUAGCAUGGACACGAACUAGUCUUGAUAUAUUUUUGCAUUUGGAUAUGCUAUUGCAAGAUAGAAUGGUACAAUUAAUUUUUGAAUAA